GCGCCACUACUGUUUGUUCGCUGCCAUAUCGUCCACUGUUUCCAACCAACCCAGGCCUGGCAUACCGGUUUUACUUUUCAGUUUAAGGCUUCGAGGGAUCUUUCAGUGAUGUGGUUCAACCAAACGCUCUUCGCUUAUCUCUUGGAUCCCAAAAAGUACAUUCCCGGGACCAAAAUGGUUUUCGCCGGUUUGAAGAAGGAAUCGGAUCGUGCUGAUAUUAUUGCCUACUUAAAGCAAGCCACCAGCUGA